AUGAUGAUGGCGUCGGAACACCCAAAAGGCUUCUCGGGAGAGUUCAACAUCAUUUUCUCUCAUACGUUUGAAGUUCAGCCUGUUACGAUGGAUGAUUUAUCGACAUAUGCUAAACGUCCGUAUCAGGUUGCGUUGAUGUGUAGGCAUGAAUUUGUUUGUUUUGCUGAUACUCGAAUUGAUAUUUAUCAUGUAAAGGAUCAACAGUUCGAAAAAGUGAGAUCAUUUCAGCGAACAAAUCAGGAGGGAGCAAUAUUUUCGACCACGUACUGCAAAAAGGAUCAUUCAUGUAUCUAUUUAUUGAAAACACAGUGCGGAACUCCUGAAACGAAAAUUUUGAAAUUAGACCUUCAAAAUGGAGCAGUGAAGUGGUCCACAAGUCUCACCCCACACAAAAAAGACGCGUACAAAAAUUUUCACAAUUUUGUAAUAGAUUCAAGAGGAAUUAUUUAUCUUGGAGAUCAAACAGAGCAAAAAAUUAUUUUGAUUUGUAGCGAAAGUGGUCAAAUUAUUGAAAAGAUGGGAAGAAAUUGUAAAACAUCUUUCGAGAGAGAGGUCAACUUUUUUUACUUAACAAUGGAUAGGAAUGAUAACCUGAUGAUAUCAUGUUACGACAAAUAUUGGUCGUCCAUUAUCAAAGUGUUCACAAGAAAUUUGAAGUAUUUGAAAACUGUCACAAUUCCCAACUAUUGCUUUUCAUGUCCAAUCAUAUAUGAUCCACUCACCGAUGGUUACAUUUUUCGAUCACAUACUGGUAUUGCUUACUCUUCGAAAGAUUUUAGCACGAUAUCACAAUCGGUCACCAUUCCUCAUGUCUAUUCUUUGUCCAAUGGAGUUCUGUACUGUUAUGACUCGAAUUUGGGGAAGGUCACUUGUUUUGAUUAA